UUUGUAGUUUACAAAUUAUUUUUGAUUUAGGCGUUAGUUUUAAAGAAAAAAGAGAUCUUGAUACAAUUUCUUUCUUUCUUUUUUCUUUGAAAUUAAAGUUUGUAUAUAUGCGGGAAAAUAGAUGUGGUUAGAUCAAAUUUCAUAUUAAUCUAUAAAUAAGACAAAUAAAUAAGAAAAUGAAGCUAAGUUUAAUUAACUAAUUCUCUCUGAAUUUUUAACAUUCGUUGUACAUAUCUCAAUUAAUCAUUGUUUAACGCGCAGAAAUCUUAAAUUCUUUUUAUGCUGUAAUCACACUUUUACGUUUUCCAUUGAAUGAUGUUAUCUUAUCUUUAAUAAGAGAAUUAACUGCCCAUAAUAUUUGAAUUACCACGACAACUUUUUGGAAAAUGUCAAUUUGUAUUAAAAUAAACGUAAUUCUUUUAAUACAUCUUGCGAGUUCAUUUUAACAGAACAUAUUAUCGACUGCAGCUAUAAGUAAUUUCAUGAUACAAUCAGAACAAGAGUAUUUUAACAACAGAUAAGAUGUAGAAUUUUUAGAAUUUUAUCAAACAAUAUUAGUUAUUCUUAAUAAUAUUUUCUAAUAAUUAAUAAAUUGUUAUAUUCUACUGGAAUCUUUGAAAAGAUAUAUCAAAUAUUGUUUAUUAAUUAAUUAUUAAAAAAAAUACGAAAAAAUGAAAGUGGUUAUAAUUGGAGGUGGAAUAAUUGGUUUAACUACAGCUUUACAAUUAAAACAUGAAUUACGUAAUGCUGAAAUUACUAUUUUCGCUUCUGAUUUUAAUAAUACCGUUAGUCAUGUGGCAGCUGGAAUAUUUAGAGUUGGUUCAUCAUAUUUUGGACCAACUGAAGAAAUAACAAGAUGUUGGAUACGAGAUUCGUAUGAAUAUUACGAUGAUAUUCGAAAGUCUCACGAAGCUUCCUUUGCUGGUAUAACCGCUAUAUCCGGUUAUUUAUUUGCAAAUUCUUCACCAGAAACUGUUAAGAAUCAUUGGAUCGAAGAUUUAGUGCCAAUAUAUAGAAAAGCCACUGAUGAAGAAUUUGAAUUAGUGGAAGGUAAUUGGAAGUAUGGCUCAUUUUUUAGAACUCUUCUUACAGAGUGUAAACUGUAUCUGCCAUGGGCACGUAAUAAAUUAGAAAUAAGUGGAAUUAAAUUGGAAGAAAGAAAAUUGAAUUCUCUAACAGAACUUGUAUCUGAUUGGGAUUUAAUUAUGAAUUGUACAGGUCUCGGAGCACGAUCUUUAUGCAAUGAUAAACGUCUCGUUUCUAUACGUGGUCAAAUACUUAAAGUAAAUGCGCCAUGGUUGAAAACAUUUUUUUAUGGCGAAUUGGAUACUUACAUUAUACCAGGUUUUAAUGGUAUAGUUACUUUAGGUGGUUCGAGGAACUUUGAUUCUGAAAAUUUAAAACCUUGUCUGUAUGAAUCUACAGCAAUUCAUAAUAGAUGUAAAAACUUCUUACCAAAUAUUAAAAAAGCAGAAGUUGUAAAGAUAGAAGUUGGCUUAAGACCACAUAGAGAAAACAAUGUCAGAGUGGAAAGGGAACAAAUCAUAAAUGGAUUUUCCAAAGCUAUCCUAGUGCAUAAUUAUGGACAUGGAGGUUACGGAGUGUGCACUGCACCUGGAACUGCUAAGUAUGCCAUUAAAUUGGCGAAAGAAAUGCAUAAAUCAUCUAUUUCAAAAUUAUAAAUAAUGAAUAUUAUUGUGUAA